ACACUGCAUGCGGGAGGCACUGCCCGCCUGCGAGGCACUUCUCAGGGGAGCAAGCAUCCUCAUUUACCCUUAGCCGCGCGACCGCGUUUUCUUACCGGUUAAGGUGGUUGCUGCAACGUGUGUAGUCAGCCAUGGCUUCAGAAGAACCAAAAGCAAAGAAACAGAAACUUUCAGAGGAGGAGAAGAAAGAGUCUCCGACCAAAAAGACUCCUGCCAAACUGAGCCCUAAUUCACUCUUUGGGAUGGGAAACCCGCUACUGGACAUCUCAGCUGUAGUGGACAAAGACUUCUUGGACAAGUACACCCUGAAACCCAACGACCAGAUCCUGGCUGAGGACAAACACAAAGCACUAUUUGAGGAGAUAGUGAAGAAGUUCAAAGUUGAGUACCAUGCUGGAGGAGCCACACAGAACUCCAUAAAGCUUGCUCAGUGGAUGAUCCAAGAACCCCACAAUGUGGGCACGUUCUUUGGCUGCAUUGGCAAAGACAAGUUUGGGGAGAUCCUGAAGCAGAAGGCUGAGGAGGCCCACAUCGAUGCCCACUACUACGAGCAAGACGAAGAGCCUACAGGCACAUGUGCUGCUUGCAUCACCGGAGAUAACAGGUCGCUGGUUGCUAAUUUAGCUGCGGCUAACUGUUAUAAGAAGGAUAAGCAUCUAGACCUGGAAGAAAACUGGGAACUGGUGGAAAAAGCUAAAGUCUACUACAUUGCUGGUUUCUUCCUGACUGUCUCCUUGGAGUCCAUCCUGAAAGUGGCGAAGCAUGCAUCUGAAAAUAACAAGCUGUUUUGCCUGAACCUCUCUGCACCCUUCAUCUGCCAGUUCUUCAAGGAUAACCUUAUGCAGGUUAUGCCCUACGUCGACAUACUGUUCGGCAAUGAGACAGAGGCUGCUGCUUUUGCUAAAGAGCAGGACUUUGAUACCACAGACAUUAAGGAAAUUGCCAAGAAAGCCCAGGCUUUACCAAAAGUCAACACUAAGAGACCGAGGAUUGUAGUUCUGACCCAGGGGAAAGAUGAAACUACUAUGGCCCUGCAUGACAAGGUUGAGACAUUCCCCGUACUGAAGACCGACCCCAAGGACAUUGUUGACACGAACGGUGCAGGUGACGCCUUUGUAGGAGGUUUCCUGUCUGGACUGGUCCAGGAGAAACCACUGAAUCAGUGCGUGAAGGCAGCCCACUAUGCAGCCAACGUCAUCAUCAGACGAGCAGGUUGCACCUUCCCAGAAAAACCCGACUUCAAGUGAGGAUUCUCGGACAGCUUUUCCCUCAUCCUGCAACCUCAUACACGAUUUUCUACAAAUAACACCAUUUUUGAAUUUCUUUUUUAAAUGAGCCAUCCGUCCAUUUCAAUCACUUACACUUACCAGUAUUUAGUUGGGUGCCUCCUGAUGUGUGCCUGUCUCAGUUCUCUCCACUUGGGGCCACUAGAGGACCAUGCAGCCAAGAGCCAUGGGAAGAUUUGCCUCUCCAUCAAUGUCCAAAAACGAAUCAUGAUAACACAGUGGGAUGUGAUCAUUUGGAGUUAACUUAAGGAUCUAAAUGGAAUAUAUUUCAUGGGAAACUUUCUAAAUGAUGGCUUAUAGGACUCUGCUGUGAACGCUUGUGUCGAUAUGUUGUGGGUUUCAUCUCUUUGGAGACAGAAUAAAACACAAAAGGUUGAUUCCACAAUGGAAGACUCAUUAUACACAAAUAGGAUUAAAUUAAACAUGACUGUCAAGGGAAGUUACUACAUUGAAAUGUGCAGCAUGGAUUUGUUUUGUUUUUUAAAGAUUAAUUAUUCCUUUCCUGAUUUUGACAGGCCAGUUAUGAAAAACUAAAUGUUUUUCUUUUAAGCGCACAGUUUUUUAAAUGUGUCAAAGUCAGCGGCACUGUGUCCUGUGUUAAAUGUUCAAUGUCAACUCUAGAAAAAGAACCAUCAACAUCACUCUUGUGGAAGUUUGAGUUGGCCUCCCUUUCUUUUUAGGAGGUAAGUUUUUCCUAUAACCAGUGCCUUUUUUUUCCUUUUCUGUAAUUGUUGCAAAGCUGCAAUUUAUAUGUGCAGAGAAAAUUGCAAGCCAUUGUUGGGACUAGUGGCUUGUGUGGAUGAAAAUAGACACACUGCACCUCUCAAAUGUAUGUAAGGUAGCUGAUGUUGUUGAAAAGAUUUCAUUAUCAUUGAGUGUUCUCUGUCUGACAAAUACAGGAGCAUUUGAUCUGA